GAAAAGCACCCAUUGGGCAUGUUUGGAGCAGGAACACGCCCACUUUUACUCAUGGCCAUAUCCUGCGUUCAAGGAUGUGAGCCGUUCUGGGAGUAUUUAUUCAGGCUAUCUACUGUGGGGAAGUCGGCCAGAAGCAGCAUGGCUAGGGUGACAUACACAGCGCUGUUUUCUGUUUUUUGUGUUCACUGUUGCUUUGCUGACCUGCAAGUAGUAGCCGCUAAAGAUCCAGAAACGUCCAGCAUAACACCAGUCAGAGUGACUUCCCCAGUUCAGACAGACAGCAACCAUACAGUCAAUCACACAGAGUCGCCAGACGGAAUGACCGGGACCACAGAGCUCAGCACAGCUGUGAGGACCACGACACAGUCUGGUCUUUGGACCUUGAGCACCUUCACCCUGAAUACCACGGAUCUUGGGCUCAACAUCACCGAUAAUUCCUCUGUCGCAGCAAAGCCUGAUCAUAUGACCUCAUUCACAACCCUCACUGCUGUGUCAGUUUUUAACGGAACUAGUGGGAAUGUCACUGUAAAUACUGGCUCAGCUGAUGUCGUGGCCACAAACCCAGGACUGGUAGCCAUCCUCUGUAUCUUCUUUAUCACUUUAACUCUGGUAGUGACUAUAGGAAUCGCAAAAGCAGUAAAUUUCAGGAAGCCCAAGUUUGAGACACUUGAAGAUUUGCCCAUGGAAAAAAUGAAUGAGAAAUCUCCCUUUGCUCUAUAUCUACCGAAAUAACUGUGACUGUUGCCAGAAAUCUCCACGCUGAAUGGAAAGGACGUUGAUGAAAAUAUUUAUCAUAUGUGUAAAAUUAUAUAAAUGAUUCUGCUCAAUCAAAAACAUUAUACCUUAAUCUUUGCUGUAAUAUAUAUGCUAUUGCCAAUUUAUAAAAAAUUAUUUUUGCUUUCUAAA